AUGGGGCGUUUGCAUGGCAUCCGUGUAGCUCGGGGAGCUCCACCAAUAUCUCACUUAUUGUUCGCGGAUGAUUGUUUUCUGUUUCUCCGGGCAAACUCUGAGGAAACGCAGUGUAUGAAAUAUGUGUUGGAUACUUAUUCUACAGCUUCAGGCCAAUGCAUAAAUUAUGAAAAGUCCAUGGUAUGCUUUAGUGCAAAUGUUACUUUAACAGCCCGUAAUGCAGUAACUCACAUUCUUGGAGUAACGGAAGGGGACACGGCUGGUAAAUAUUUAGGUCUCCCGUCGCUAGUGGGGAGAAGAAAGACACAAAUUUUGGGGUUUUUGAAAGACAGAAUCCUAACAAAGGUGCGAAGUUGGAAUGCUAAGUUCCUCUCUCGAGUUGGGCGAGCGGUGCUGUUGAAAAACGUCAUCCAAGCAAUGCCUAGCUAUGCGAUGAUGGUUUUUCUGCUGCCCGAAGGUUUGUGUAGGAAUAUUGAAGUUCUAAUGAACGAAUACUGGUGGACUGGCACAGUGGGUAAUGGAAAGUGCCUGAGAUGGAGGUCUUGGAAUGGUCUGUCACGCCCAAAGGGUGUAGGAAGAUUGGGUUUCCGGUCUUUGAGGGAAAUGAAUCUGGCAUUAUUGGGCAAGCAAGCAUGGAGGUUAGUCAAGAAUCCUAUGUAUUUGGUUGCUCAAAUUUACAAAGCCCGCUAUUAUCCAAACAGCUCCUACUUUGAUGCACCAGCAGGAAGUAACUCAUCCUUUAUUUGGAGGGGUUUACUAGAGGUUCAGAAUGUCCUGCGAGAAGGAUGUAGGCGGAGUAUUAGCAAUGGAAUAGAGACGGUGAUCGGAAGGCAUGCUUGGCUGCCUUCGAUUGAUGAACCCUACAUCACAACACCAGUGUGUGAAGCGGUUUUUGAAUUGUGUGUGGCCACGUUGUUUAAUGAACAAGGAACGGGUUGGAAUGUCGAUCGUGUUCGGAAUAUUUUUUAUGCCCAGGAUGCCAAUUUAAUUUUGAAUAUUCCAAUUUCUGUCCGAAAGCCACAGGACUCGUGGUACUAG